AGAUUCAAGGCGUUCUCACUGCGGCAAAAGUCUGAGAGCAAGCUCAUCAAAAACAUGCGAAGCCUGUAUGGAAAGCAUUUUUCGGUCAUCUUGGGUGAUUGGAGCGACGCUGGAAAAACCAUGCGCUUUCAGGAGUCAUCAAAGACCAAAGGAUUCCGCACACUCUUUGCAAGAAACAGCAUUCCAUGCUACUUGCUAGAUGAGUAUCGAACGUCUUCCGUGUGCCCAGACUGCCACCGGCGUGUGAGGAAAAACAUCCGACAGCGGCUGUCAUCUCGGCCGUGGCAAGCUCGAAAGGGAAGAAUGGAAUUCGUCCAUGGAUUGGUGGGUUGCCCCAACCCCGAAUGUAUCAACCAAGACUGGACGCCAUUUGAGAUUCCUGGAAGACGACCACUACGACUAUGGAUGAGAGUGCACAAUCGGGACGUCCUAAGCACCAAGAAUUUCCUCUUGAUUGUGCGUUCGGUGGUGUUUGGCAAUGGCCGCAGACCAGACGCAUUCUCCCGUAACCGUAGGUAG